AUGCCCGACUUUGAAGGUAUUGGUUUGUAUGGUAUCAUGUCAAGUGAUUUUGGAAAUCCACUCAAAAAAUUCAAGCUUGUUUUUCUUGGAGAACAAAGUGUUGGCAAAACAUCACUUAUUACAAGAUUUAUGUACGAUUCUUUUGAUAAUACAUAUCAAGCAACAAUUGGUAUCGACUUUUUAAGUAAAACAAUGUAUUUAGAGGAUAGAACUGUUCGCUUACAAUUAUGGGAUACCGCUGGGCAAGAAAGAUUUAGAUCUUUAAUACCAUCUUAUAUUCGUGAUUCUACGGUGGCUGUGGUUGUGUACGAUAUUACAAAUGCUAAUUCAUUCCAUCAAACAUCAAAAUGGAUUGAUGAUGUACGGACAGAAAGAGGAUCUGAUGUUAUAAUUAUGUUAGUUGGUAACAAAACGGAUCUUGUUGAUAAAAGACAAGUUUCAACUGAAGAAGGUGAACGUAAAGCUAGUGAGCUUAACGUUAUGUUUAUUGAAACUUCGGCAAAAGCUGGUUAUAAUGUUAAACAAUUGUUUCGUCGUAUUGCUAAUGCUCUACCUGGAAUUGAUAAUGAUAAAAGUUCUGAACCAAAACAGACUGUUGAUAUUGGACCUAUUAAACCCAGACAAAUUGUUACAGAUGAAGGAUCAUGUUGGUGCUAA